AUGUGCGCUGGAACAGCUUGCGCUAGAGAUCUUCAGGCACCAUACCAGGAGAGCCAAGUUCGAUCAAGAGAGGAGCGGGGUGGAGUGGUGCGGCGACCAACAGGAGACAGCAAGGAAGACAUCGGAAUGCACUGGGACAAGGACGAGGAUUUGGUGGACAGUCAGGGUUUGAACGUCCACCCCCAGCUGAGCACGGUGACGUACUUGAGCGACGAGGGAGCACCGACUAUGAUACUGAGGAAGCAAUCGUCUGUGGUAUACGACGAGAUGCUGUCAGCCUACGGCAACAUCAGUGAAGGAUGGCUGUCUGCUCCAAGGACCUGCAAGCACAUCUGUUUUGAUGGCCGAUGGCUCCAUGGAGCUCCGUCCUCGCUCGCUCCUUUGGCGACGGGAAAGAGGAGGAUAACAUUCCUGGCGAACGUCUGGAUGAAUUAUCAGCCUUCUGGAGUUGAAAUAUUUCCAGAUGAAGAGAUCAAAUCCUUUGUCAUGCGGGAAGUCUCAACGAAUUUCUCCUGCAAGUCAAGGAUGAAACGAAUCCGCGUCCCUUCAAUUUCGGAUCCUAUGGAGUUCCUAUUCGGAGGAGCGUCAGGUCAUCAGCACCUUCUCCGCGUCCUCCUUCCGAUCGCAGAGGUCAAGCGAUCGCUGGUGGAGGGAGCGACGCUGCUGCUCUCCUUCCCCCUCCGCCCGCCGGCGGCCUCCCUGAUGGAGAACGAGGAAGAGGAUAAGAGGAAGAAGAUGAAAGGAAGAGACGCAAAGGGAUGA